AUGACCAACAUCACCCAUCUUCCUCACGAAAUCCUCACCACCAUCCUCCUCCUCGCCACCAAAGCCAACGAACGCGAGAAUGAAUCCUUCACCUACGGCCUGACACAAGCACCUCUCCCUCUCCAACAGACCAAACUCACCAAAUACGUCCGCGGACCCGUGACGGCUGAGUCUCUCCGCUGGGACGCCACCGUCUCCAUCCGUCAGGUCUGCUCCGCAUGGCACGAAUGGGCUCUCUCCUACAACCUCGAGCAUGUCUUUGAGCGACGAUGGCGCGGAUCCGAGAGGUGGGCUGAGCUCUCACCAAACCGGAGGAAGUACUCCCUCUACGAAUUGAUGGAGAAGCCCUCCGGAUGCGCCGUCUACCGCGAUCCACUCUCCUCACUCCGAUCCACCGAUCGCGCCUUCACCCAGCUUCCGCACCUCACCCAACACGUGCGCCGCCUCUGGUUCAACGGCUUCUACACCGCCGACUCCGACAAACACAUUCUCUCCAUCGUCGCCGAGUGCUCCCACCUACAAUUCCUCUCCGUCCCCUGGACCAUCCUCCGCCGCGGCACCGCCGAAGACUGGAUCGACCUCCUCAACGUCGACGGCGAAGGAACACCCCUCCACUCCCUCGAACUUCAAGCCGUCUGCCUCCCCUCCGCCCAAGCCCUCACCCUCGAAUCCGACGCAGCCUCCAACCCCAACCCCCUCCUCGACCCCCGCGUCUCCUUCUCCCACCUCCACCGCCUGAAAAUCUUCGGCAACACCCUCCACAACCCCAUCUCCGACACGGACAUCUCCCUCAUCGCCCGCACCGCCACCUCCCUCCACGCCCUCGACAUCACCAACCUCUCCACCGUCUCCGUCGCCGCCGUCCUCGAACUCGUCCACGCUUCCCGCCACACCCUACAAGUCCUCGAACACUCCCCCCGCUCCUCGGAUGGUUUCUACCACCCUUACCCCGGCGCCAUCCCCGAUAGUACGCAUAUCUGCACCCUCUUGACGUCCCUCCCAAAACUCCGCGACCUCUCCAUUUCCGUCCCAACCCUCUGCCCCGACCUCUUCCGCGCCGUCGACGACGUAAAAUGGGAAGGCGACUUCCAAGUCCGCGCUACAGACCUCUGUGGCUGCCACCCCUCCACCUCUACCGCCACUCGCACCGCCUUACUAGGAUCAACCCUCUCCGCCGCAAGAGACCUCAUCGCCGCCCGCGCGCGUCUAGGUCGAAACCUGAGCAUCGAAAUUUUCUUCAACGGGUGUAUCUUUGAACCUGGCAAGAAUCUCGUACACGGAGACUUUGUGCUCGCGGAGGUGGCGUCGCGGGGUGCGUUUCCGCGAGGUGUCUCGGGAGAUGCGGGAGAGAGGGAAGGAAGCAUGAAGGGCCCGUAUGGCACGACGGGGGUGUAUGGCAAGGAUUUGAGUGAUGGAGAGGGAGGAAGGGGAAGUUGGGAUCAGGUUUGGGAAGGGGAAUUCUUGGAGGCGGGGGGGAGGGGGUGGGUUGGCCUUUGA